AUAAACCCUAAACAUCUCCAUGUGGAUUCUAACAACUGUUAAGCAUUGUUCAUUGGUGUUCUACAAUGGACCCUAGGAUUUCAUUCUCUAAUGAUUUUGCGGAUGUAGGGAUCAAGUAUGAGAACAACUAUUACAGGGAAGCUCCGGUAUCGUCGUCGGAGUUCGAAUUCUCCGUUAAAAACUACGCUAUGAUACCGGCGGACGAGAUCUUCUUCAAGGGUGUGUUGUUGCCUUUGAAAGGUGAUAAUGAACAUGGAAGGAAGUUGACUUUACGAGAUACGCUGCUCGUGGAUGACGGUGAUAAUGGCGGCGGUUCGUUCCGGCGGAAGGGUUCGGGGUGGUGGAAAGAGAGGUUGGGGUUGAAAAAGGCUAAUGUGGUGAGUAAAAAGAGGGAGAGAAAUGAAGGUAUCCAUGGUGAACAUAUUAUUAGCAAAUGAAGCAAAAGAAGAUUAAGUGAGACUAGAUAGGGUGUUUUGCAAUAAUUAUGUGUGUUUUAAUGAUAUGUUUUGGUUGUAGGGAAGGGAAGUGCCAUUGAAGCCUUAGAGAGAUGAUGUAAUUUGGGGUGUCAAAGCUAACUAUGUAUAGGGGUGGAAUACAAGGAGAACAAAUCCUUUGCAAUUCAAUGGUUUUUUUUUAAAGGUUUUGGAGUGUUUCUCCCUGUCCUGUACUGUAGUAUUUUUGUCUUUCAUUUUGAUUAUGUAUAAAUUUGUCUGCAUUUUUAGGGUUCUUCACUUACAAUCCAUGUAAUUCUAUUUGUCUUGUUUCUAUAUUUUUCAAUUUUCAAUUUUCAGAUUUUUGUUUUCUUCUUCAA